AUGUCCGCGCAGGACCUCGCGGCGCUCGCGAGCCGCGCGCGCGAGCGCUGCGCGGCGCGGGGCGCGGCGCGGGGCGCGCUCGUCGCGGCGCAGGAGGAGCUCGCGGCCGUCGCCGCGGGCAAGCGGUCCGCGGCGCUCUCCGCGGAGGGCUCCGCGGCGGCCGCCGCCGCGGAGGUGCUCGCGACGCUCGCGGCGCGCGGCGGGCCCCGGGACGCGCGCGCCGCCGUCGCCGCGGCCGCGCUCGCGGCGCCCGGUUCCGGCGGCGGCGACGCGCGCGCCGCGGGGCACGUGCUCGCGCGCGGCGUCGCCGUCGCCCGGGCCCUCGCGCGCCGCGGCCCGCGGCGCGACCGGGCGGCGCUCGAGGCCCUCGCGGACGACGUCGACGGCGCGGAGAGCUCCCCCGCCUGGGCCGCGUGCGGCCGCCUCCGCCGCGCGGCGACGGCGGCGGAGCUCGCGGAGCUCUUCGAGGCGCUCCGCGACGCCGCGGACGCGCGCGCCGUCGACGACCUCGUCGCCGCGGGCGCGCCCGCGCUCCUCCUCGACGCCCUGGCGCCGUCGGACGCCGCGGGCGACGGCCGGCCGCGCGCGGACGCGAAGCCCUGGGCGGCCAUGUGGGCCCUCAAGGCCGCGGCGGCCGUCGCGGCCGCGUCGCCGUCCGCGCGCGCGCUCCUGGCCACGCGCGGCGCCGCGGCCGCGGCCGUCGGCCUCGCGGGCGCGUUCCCGUCGACGGCCGGCGUGAGGCGCGCGGCCCUCGCGUGCGUCGCGAAUCUCCUGCCGGCGCCGGGCGCGGGCGCGGCGGCGCGGGGCCUCGACGUCGUCCGCCCGGCGGACCUCGACGAGGACGGCGACGCGGCGCUUCGGGACGGCGCCUUCGAGACCGCGGAGCUCGUCGCCGCGGCGGCGGCCGUGGGCCUCGCGGCGGGCGCGGCGACCGACGGCGUCGGCCUCGACGCCUUCCGCCACGGCGUCGCCGACUGCCGCACGCUCGCCGAGGACGACGGCGAGCUCGGCGUCGUCGCGUUGGCGAAGCUGCUGCCCCUCGCGGACCGGCCGUCGCCCUUCGACGGCCCCGCGCCGCCGCGCGGCGACGACGGCGACGACGGCGCCCGCGACCGCCACGGCGCGCGCCGCGCGGCGCACGGCGCCGCGCGGCGCCUCCUCCGGCGGCGCCUCCGCGCCGCGGGCGCGGCCGCGGCGCUCGGCGACUACGUGGGCACGUGCCUCGUCGCCUGGCACGACCGCCGCGGCGGCGUCGCCGCCGCCGCGCUCGCCGCGCUCGGGCCCCUCGACCCCCGGGUCUACUGGCGCGGCGACCUCGUCAGGGGCGUCGAGCCGUGCCGAAUUCAACCGCUGGUUUGGGUGGUCCUGACCAAACUUCAGAAUUCUCUAGCUCGGUCAAAUCGAAGCGUCGAGGUCGCGACGUGGUUCGCGAAGCGGCGCGCCGUCUACGGCGCCGCGGCGACGCGGCUCCUCGUCGCCGCGGCGACGGCCGGCGACCUCGGCGGCGCGCCCGGGGGCGCGACGGUCGCGUGCCUCGCGGCGCUCGGCGAGGAGUCGGCGGAGAGCCUCGAGGCCAUCGCGCCGGCGCUCGAGGCGCUCUGGGGCGCCGAGGCCGACGACGUCGAGCACCGGGAGAAGCUCGAGGGCUUCGGGGGCGGCGGGUCCGCGGACCAGAAGGCCAUGGAGCGGCGCCUCCUCCUGCUCCGCCUCACCAGGGCCAAGGUGCCCGCGGCGAAGCCGAGGGCCUUCGUGCCCGAGACGAGCGACCGCCGCGCGUACCUGCCGUUCCACAAGCCGCCGUCGCCGAAGAAGAAGCGCGCGCGGAAGCGGCGGUCGCGCGCCUUCGGCCGCGCGGCGCUGGGCACGCGGGGGUCGAGCCGCGCGUCGCGGUCCAGCCGCGGGUCGCUGUCGACGCGCGGGUCGACGCGCGGGUCGAGCCGCGCGAGCUCGCGGAGCCGCGCGUCGUCGAACGCGUCGACGGCCGACUCGUUUGUGGUCGACCGGCUCCUGUCGGCGCUGCCCCGCGGGGGCGCCGCGGAAACGCGGAAGCGCCGCGAGCCCCUCAGCCUCCGGCCCGCGCCGCUCCCCGCGCGGCGGCCGCCGAAGAAGCUGGUGGUGUCGCGGCCCCGGCCGUCGACGAAGGCCAUGGCCGCGCGCCACCGGGGCCGCGCCGGCGCCGCGGAGAGCGGCCGCGAGCGGCGCACGCGCGACAAGGCGAAACAAAUCCUCGCGUCGCUGUCGACGGACGCGCUACCGGCGACGGCGCACGUGUCCCUGCUGCCCAAGCUCGCGGACCACGCGGACCUCCAGGCGCGGGCCCACAAGUUCGUCGAGCGCGGCGCCGAGGACGCGCUCCUCGGCGCCGUGGGCGCGCGCGUCUGUGUGGAAUUCAACCACUGGUUUGGGUGGUCCUGA